GUCGCUCCCUCUGUAAUUUUACCCGCACCCCCUUCCGCACUGUACAUACCUCCUCCGUCCGCAACUCCGACAACAUGCGUUGGUCCGCUUCUGUUCUCAGCACUGUCUCAUCCGACACAGAACCGAGCGUGAUCAUCACCUUCGACUCCGCAAAGUAUCUCUUCAAUGUCGGCGAGAACACGACCAGGGUUUUCCUCCAGAGUAGACGCAACUGGCGCAAGACCAGAGGCAUCUUCCUCUCCUCUGUCAGUACACGUCGGGCAAGCGGUCUUCCAGGUCUCUUGAUGACUUUUGCAGACUCCAGCCUCUCCGACGUGAACGUGGUCGGUCCCUCGGGUUUGCUCCAUGCAAUAGCGUCGAUGCGGAGGUACACGGCACGAGAUUCGAUGGCGGUCAAACCCACCGAAGUUUCCUUGGCGCGUCGUGAUGACCCCUCCAGCUCCAUGGAACCCAUAUACAAAGAUGAAAACAUCUCAGUAUAUGCGGUGCCCAUCAUGCCCCGUCAAGCUGAAGCAGUGAGACCCGUAACGGAACCAUCCUCGAAGCGCAAGCACUCUCCCUCGCCUACUCGCCCGGCGAAGCGCCUAGCCCUUUCCCCGGAUGCCCAAUCCUCCCCCUUCAAUGCCACGGACCGCCUCCAGUCCAUGAUGAAAAACGGCAACUUCAACGCAAGCCACCUCUAUGGCGACGUUGCUCAAGCAUGGCGCACAGUCCUCGUCCAGAAGAUGUUCCCCAAGCCCUUCCCGGUCCCAGAUCCCGAUACUAAGAAGAAGAAAAAGCAGAAGCCACCAGUCCCUGCCUCUGCCCCUGACUCGGUUCCCGCUCCAGAUCCAAAUCAGCCUCCAGCGCCUCCGCCAGAGCACCGCAGGCCAAUCCCAUUUCCCGGGUACAGUUCGCCUUUGCCUCCUCUUGAUCCAGAUUUUUCGGGUUCGAAAGAUCUUCGUCGGCGCCCAUGUCUAGCGUAUGCCGUUGUAGGCCCGCGGGUCCGUGGCAAGUUUGAUGUCAAGAAAGCUGAAGAGCUAGGGAUCAAAGGUUCUCAGCGGGGAAAGCUGACCAAGGGCGAGAGCGUUACGGUAACAGUCGACGACGGGGCGGGAAAGAAGAUUGAGCGCGUGAUUCGGCCAGAAGAAUGCGUCGGAGAGAGCGAGAGUGCAGGGAUAGUGCUGCUCCUCGACGUGCCGAGCAUCGACUACAUUCCCGAUCUCCUGGAGUCAUUCACAUCUGGCCCAUUCGCCAAGUAUCGUUCCGUGGAAGGGAAUCACGAUGACCACGUUGUUCGGACCGUCUUCCACUCGUGCGGCGACGGCGUUCUAGAGAACGAAGAAUACAAGUCCUUCAUUCGUGGGUUCUCACCAGACGUGCAUCACCUAGUUGCCUCUCGAGAACAUUGCGCGGACCCCAUUUCGUUCACCAGCGCAGCCUUGAACCAGCUCCGGCUGAGCCAUCUCGACAGUUCCAUGUUCCCCGUGCAGAAGUACUCCUUAGGGUCCCGUCGGAACCUUAAAGAUAUCCCUAACUUACCUGACAACGUUCAACCCAUGCUAGCCAACACACUGAUCAAUAUUCGACCGCCAGAGCCACCCGUACAGGAGGAAAGCGCGCAAGAGCACGACUUAUUCCAUCCUGCCGUAACCUCAGGGACGUUCACCCUGUCCGAUGCGACACAAGCAAAGUUCCAGGAAGCCCGUGCCCUUAUCCAAGAAAGGAUCACUAGCGGUGCGGUGCCUCCGAAAGCCCCCGGAGACGACGUCGUCAUCACCUCGCUUGGGACAGGGAGUGCGAUUCCGAACAAAUAUCGCAACGUUUCUGGCACGCUCAUCUCUAUUCCGGACCACGGCUAUAUGCUCCUCGACUGUGGCGAGGGCACCUGGGGUCAGCUAGCGCGUGCCUUUGGUACGUCCCAAGAGACGCCAAACAACGUCUGGGACGUUCUACGCAAUCUGCGAUGCCUCUUUCUCAGCCAUAUGCACGGCGACCAUCACAUUGGCGUUGCGAAGCUGCUUGCGAUGCGGCAGCAGAUGGAACCGCCAGCACCAGGCCCAUUAUACAUGGUGGCAAACGGCAACAUCGUGCAAUACCUACGCGAGUACUCCGAGCUCGAGUCCCUCGGCCUCUACGAACGCCCGAACGGCGUGAUACCCGUGUACAGCGACAACAUAUGUCAGAAGCUUGAACCACCACCCCCGUACUGGGUGGACCCCGCUGAGGCGGUGUGCAAAUCCCUUGGCCUGAGGCGGAUCUCCACCGUCGAAGUCGACCACCGCGCAUGGUGCCACGGCGUCGUCAUCGAACACAACGAUGGCUGGAGCAUCGUCUACUCAGGCGACACGGUCCCAACCGAGAACCUAGUCGAGGUAGGACAGAAUGCCACGCUCCUGAUCCACGAGGCGACGCUGGCGGACGACCAGGAGGAGAUGGCCCGCGCGAAGAUGCACAGCACGUUCGGACAGGCCGUCGCGGUCGGUGAAAGGAUGAACGCGCGUAACACGCUCCUCACACAUUUCUCCGCGCGCUAUCCCAAGAUGCCACCCUCUGUUUUAGGCCAUGCUGCGUCGACGCCAGUACUCGCGCUUGCAUUUGACCACGGCACCAUUCGCAUCGGAGACAUGUGGAAGGCGAAUGCAUACCUGCCCGCGAUCGAACAGAGCUUCGUCGAUACGCAAGCUGAGGAGGGGGAGGACGUGGACGAGGUGAUGCUGGCCGUUGUAGAGAGCGAACAGGUCGCUGUCGAGUAAGAUGCUUUGGCGCAAAGAAACGGCAGGGUUCGAGUGCCGAGUUCAAUUCAACGGGACACGUUGUGAGAGCUGCAUAGAGUAUCUUCAACCAAGAAGAAGAUAAUGUCGUCUCGAUAUCGUCUUCGAAUGUCCGUUCCUGAUACGUCCUUCAAUUGAAAAGAAUGGCUCAAGAUGUUUACUACUGCCUCCUUUGUCGCCAUCUACAUCCAUGGGUAAAACCAAGUAAAACCUCGUUGGAGAUCUAAUGCUGAAAGCUAAUGCGCGAUACGCUAUCGUCCAC